AUGUCUUUGAUGGCCCAAGACCCCGGCGAGCUCUCCCUGAGCAAACUUCUAUCAACUCUCACUUCAACCCUGCACCCAACCAUCUACGUCUUUGCCACUUAUACAGACCUAUCAAAACUACCACCAUUGUCCGAGACUCAGAUGCUGUUCAGAGAAUCCGAGGGCGUGACUGCAAUUGUCAGCAAGGAAUAUGCAGAGUCUCACAACAUGGACUAUUUCUUCCCUUGCAAGAUGAUCAGUCUCAAUGUCACAUCGAGCUUGGAAGCUGUGGGGUUCAUGGCAGUCAUCGCUACAAAACUGGCAGCGAAAGGAAUUGGUUGUAAUCCUGUCAGCGGGUUCUAUCAUGAUCACAUAUUCGUACCUCUGGGUCGAGAGGAUGAAUCGUCAGAAGUCCUUGCGCAGAUAGCGGCAGAAAACAAGAACAAGGCAUAA